GGCUUCACUGUAAUCACUGAACCAAUCACUUGUCUUGGGUUCAUUCCUUAUUAGGGACCGCGAGGUGGCGCUAAAGUCUUUACACCUGAAUUCUUUUUUCUACCGAAGAAGAAGGUUGAGUUGACGGAAGCGGUCUUUCUCUUGUGCUGCCUGAUUGCUCAUGACCUCCCAGUCCACUCAGCCUGACACGAUGCCCACAGCUCCAGACUCUCCAUCUCUCGGUGUCACAGUCAGCGGCAAUGCACAAAAAUACAGUGUGAAAAAGAAAAAGGUCCUCAACGCUGAAGAAACCGAGCUGUUUGAACUAACACAAGCUGCUGGUAUAGUCAUGGACCAAGAGGUUUUCAAGAACAUCGUGGACCUCCUGAAGAUGAACGUGGCACCUUUGGCUGUGUUCCAGACUCUAAAGGCAAUGUGUGCAGGUCAAAAGAUUUCAGACACCAUUGCGCCUGACACAUCAACAGUCAGUGAGAUCAGAGAAGAGGACCCUAAGGUCCCAGACAAGAGUGUUAAAAAAGCAACCCCUCAGGCUCCGCCCACUGCCCCUGUGGCCCACCCUCAAAGGGCCGGGGCUAAGAUUGUGGUCUACAGCUCUGGGGAACAGAGCUCUCCUCUGUCUCAAGUACGCAGUAAAUCAGGCACAGGUCAUGCAGAAAAGCGAGAGCAGCGAGUGCCAAGGCAGGCAAGUGCCACCAGGGGGCAAAAGAGUGCCAAGAGCUCAGGCAGCAGCAGCUCUUCAUCCCAGCUCACCUCCAACUAGCACAUUGACUACUUCCAUAAAAACUGAUUUCAGAUCAGUGUGGAGUUCCAGACCUGCACUGUGGUGCCAAAAAUCUGAUCCAGAUUCACACUUUACUUUCUGGUUAAUAAAUCACAUGGUCUGGAUUCUGUCUCUCUCUGGAUCACUGGGUUUGUUUUUACUCAGUGUUCUACAUGGUUUUAUGUUUAUUUAUUUGUUUGUUUUAUGUGCAUGUCAGUUCAGUGAUAAUGAUGGGCUUAUAAUGAUAAGCUGUUUGGAUUUGCUAAAAGGAUCUGAUUUAUUUUUAUUAUUCAGAAGAUGACUGAAAUGUCAAGUUGAAAUAAAAAAAUUAUCAACUUCCA